GAAAGGAAAAAAGUUGUUGGCCAACGUCAGCAGGGUCGUCGUCGCCACCGAUCGGUCACGACGGAGAACACAGCGUCGCGUCGGCCACUGUGUCCCGUGCAAGUCAUCACGACGGCAGCACCGUCUCUGGAAGGCUAGCGUAAGCUUCAGGACGCCCUAAAAUUGGUUACCAGCAGAAGCCCCAAGAAAAUCAAGCGACUAAGACGUCAAAGCCGCUUUCUGUCGUGAGCAUCGUAUGAAGCCGCUAAGAAUUCCUAUUGCUCCAUCACUGUUUUUCAUCGCAUUCGCGGACGACUGGCAGGCCACAACUAAAAGAGAAGGUCUCAAUUGCUGAUAGUGUUGCAAGACGACCAAGUGUCAAGGAAUUUAAGCUACCAGUGAGACAUUAUAUCUGCCAAGGAACCCUAAAUCUGUACUUGGUAAGCGCAGCCCAUCGCUAUUAUUGUGGCCCAUCUCGAUGGUGAUGGGGCGAGACCGACAUCUAUGCUGGGCAACAGCGCCGACGUUAGCACGAUGUCGUCGGAACUCGACGCGCUCUCCGGCUCCGACAACGAGACGGCGUCGGAAGCGCCGGUCACAGCCGAAGAUCUUUUCGGCCCACUUUACGCCAAGACGCUGCGGAUCGCGCUGCUCAGCGUCAUGCUCGUGCUGUCACUCCUGGGCAACUCGAUCGUGUGUCAUCGCCUCCUGAUGUCGCGGCGGCACCGAAUGUUCAAGGCACAGGUGCUCUUCCUGAACCUAGCCUUCGCCGACCUUCUCGUCACUCUGGUCACCAUGAGCUCGCAGUUGGUGUGGGAGGUCGUGGGCCGCGUCUGGGUCGCUGGAGACGUCGCCUGCCGGUUGUUCAAGGUGCUGCAGACGUUUGCGCUGGUCUCCUCCACCUACAUGCUGGUUGGCAUCGCGGUGGACCGCCACUGCGCCAUCUGCAAGCCGCUGGCGCCGGCGCCCAAACCUCGGUCGCUGGUCGCAGCCUGCUGGCUUCUGUCCCUCGUUCCGUCCCUACCCAACAUGUUCAUGUUCCGGCUCGUCGUGAUCCGGGACGAGUGCUACUGUGCCUCCGUCUUCUACAUCUACCAGGACUCCGUGGUCCCGCGCCAGGCCUACAUGGCAUUCGUCUUCACGCUUGUGUUCAUAUUGCCGCUGGUGGCUCUAGUGAUACCGUACUCGUGCAUCCUGUAUAGGAUGUGGAAGAUGGGCAGCACCGCUACGUCUCGGCAGCGAGGGGACGCUGCUUCGUCGGCCGGUGACCGCGUCGAAAGUGCGAGGACUACUCUGCCCAAGGCACGCUUGCGUACUCUCAAGAUGGCGAUAAUUAUAUUUGUGGCGUUUGUCGUGACGAACCUCCCCUACAUGGUGCAGGAAAUGUUGCUAGCGUUCGCGCCGAACAUCUCGCUCGAGCCCCACGUGGUCGCCGUGUUUGGCGUCAUCUCAGCCUCGAACAGUGCCGUCAACCCGUACGUCUUUCUGGCCUUCAACGGCGGCGCUGCUGCCUUCGGGUGUGACACCCACGUACGCGUCUUGUGGCGCCGCCUGGCGUGCUCUUCGGGCUCGAGGCGAACCACUGCCACUUUUCGCACCGCCUGGUCGACUUUGCAGACUCGCAACAAGAGGCGUUCGCCAACGGUGAAAAUGUUCCCUUCUCCCAACGACUGCGAGUGCGGCGAAGCGCAGCAGAAACACCCAGAAAAAGACAGAAUGGCAUCACUGGGAGACUGCAUUUAGCUGCAUGUUCGUAGUAUUUAUACCAUUUCUUUUCUUGGUACGAGUUGCAAGCAGAGCAGGAAGUUAUGACGCUUCGUGUUGCGAACGUGACUGCUGAACAACACAUCAGCAAGUGUAACUCUUAUUGCGGGAUUCAGCGCACCAACGGACAACAUGCACAUUGAUUGCAUAAUGAGAGGUGACAGUUGGUAUUGUAAGAUAUAUUCAGCCUUACUCCACAAUCUUGCUAUUUAUCGCAAGAUUUUCAUGCUGGUUAUCACCAUGGUUGUGAAUUUGAAAGCACAAAGAUCAAAGGUGAAUCUUUGAUAGAAAUGUACCUGGCUGACAAGAAAUACGCGAACGAAAUUUAAUGAGGAUCUACAAACUUUUGGUUUACAGUUCCAAAGAUUUCGUGGCGUAGCUUUUCAUUCAAAAUUUGAUCUGUAACUUCUAUCUAUGUAUUAUUGCUUAGAGCUUAUUCUAAGGGAACAACGGCAUAGAUAUGUCAACUGUUUCUGUGAUUUCUAUAUAGCAAAGUCACCAGAACACAAAAUCGCUGAGAGAAUCUUGGGAGAGAACGACGAAAGACCCAAAUAUCGGGAGUUUGGGUAAGUUCGAAGAUCCACAGCAAAUUUUUCAGCACCAUAUUUUGCCUGUAUCAAGUCAAUAAGAGAAAGGGGCGUCAGUAGAAUCCACGUACGACACCAAAGUCGGCUCCUCAGAGCCUGAAACGUAAACCAGGUGUGCAUGUUUCGCAGACGAUAGUACGUAGUUUUUAUACACCAAUGCUAACAUCACCACACACAAAGCUCCGUGUCUGGAGGUGGCUGUCUAUGCGCCGCCUUGCUUUUCUGUGGAACAGUGCCGCGUGUUGGUAGUGCUUAGAUUCAAUGCAGUAAGGUAUCGAUUUGGACUAGUUGGAAUGGAUGCAAACUUGAAAGACUCUCGGUAAACGAAGGGAACACGAUAAGUUGAACUGUGCGCUAUUCGUGUCCUUAUUUCCGUGUCACCGUCGUUUCAAUUUUUUUAGCUCAUUUAAAGUAUGCACGGCAAGGUUACACCAUGUUUAAACACAAAUCUACCAGGGCUAUUGGAACAGCUUUCUUUUCAUUUGGGUAAGACUACAUCAAAGUUUUGAAGAAACGCAGAAUGCUCGGCGUUUCAGAAUGCACCAACCAUUUCCCGCGACACUGUUUGCAGAAAAUGCCCUAUUGCGAGAUAGAAAAUGUUGUCAUCGAUAUGUACGGUAAUGUUUAUAGGUCUCAAAGAAGAUCGUAUAUUUAUUGUAGCUCGCCCGCGCGUUUUUAUUGGCGUGUUUUGGCGUUUUGUCUAGAUGUUCUGAUUAACUGCCUCGUCACUUUCAUUACAUCAAUGGCAGCGACUAGGCGUUAUGCGGGUUACUAUAUAUACUGCUCAUUAUUUUAGUACGGGCAGUGGAA